UUUAGAAUUUAGAAAUUUUAGAAUUUAGCGUUUUUGCUUUUAACGUUUCUUUUUGUGUUGGUCUUGAGCCAGCCCAGGGCAGUGUUGCUGCAUAUUGUAUGGAUGAAAGGCUGAAGGCUGCCUCCUCUUGCAGGCCGGCUUCUGAGAUUACAUCUUCUUCUCCUGCUACUCCUCCAAAUCUAUGACCCUUCAAGGCAGAGCUGACCUGUCCAGUAAUCAAGGCAAUGCAGCCGGCCACCCAGCUACAGUUCACAAACCAGUUGUCACCCAGUGGGCAGUGCAUCCUCCAGCCCCUGCCCACCCUAGUCUCCCGGACAAAACGGAGAAAGUGCCUUCACAGGCCCAGCACGAGGGCCUCAAGUCCAAGGAGCAUCUUCCGCAACAGCCUGCCCAAGCCAAGACGGUGUCCCGCCGCAUCCCACGCCUCCGGGCUGUGGUCGAGAGCCAGGCCUUCAAUAACAUCCUGGUAGACGAGAUGGACAUGAUGCACGCCCGCGCAGCCACGCUCAUCCAAGCCAACUGGAGGGGCUAUCGGCUUCGGCAGAAGCUGAUUUCCCAGAUGAUGGCGGCCAAGGCCAUCCAGGAGGCCUGGCGGCGCUUCAACAAGAGACACAUCCUUCACUCCAGCAAGUUGUUGGUGAAGAAAAUGAGGGCGGAGGAGGGGGACAUCCCUUAUCACGCCCCGCAGCAGGUGCGCUUCCAGCAUCCGGAAGAGAACCGCCUUCUGUCCCUGCCCAUCAUGGUGAACAAGGAGACCCAGUUCCCUUCCUGUGACAAUCUGGUCCUCUGCAGACCCCAGUCGUCCCCUCUCCUGCAGCCCCCAGCAGCUCAGGGUACCCCAGAGCCCUGUGUGCAGGCUCCUCAUGUUGCCAGAGUCCAGGGGGUGGCCUUCCUGCCACACCAGACGGUCACCAUCAGAUUUCCCUGCCCAGUGAGUCUGGAUGCAAAAUGCCAGCCAUUCCUGCUGACCAGAACCAUCAGAAGCACCUGCCUCGUCCACAUAGAGGGUGACUCAGUGAAGACCAAACGUGUAACUGCCCAGACCAACAAAGCUGGGGCUCCGGGGACACCAUUGUCCAGAAGGUAUAACCAGGCAGUUAUGGGGCCAUCCAGAGCCCAAACCCGGGGCCCUGUGAAAGCAGAGACCCCCAAAGCCCCCUUCCAGAUAUGUCCAGGGCCCAUGAUCACCAAGACUCUACUCCAGACAUAUCCGGCGUCCACGACGACCACCAUCCCACCCAAGACUAGCCCAGUUCCCAAAGUAACAAUGACCAAGACCCCAGCCCAGAUGUAUCCGGGGCCCACAGUGAUCAAAACUGCACCUCACACGUGCCCCGUGCCCACAAUGACCAAGAUCCAGGUGCACCCCACAGCCUCCAGAACUGGCACCCCACGGCAGACAUGCCCUGCAACCAUCACGGCAAAGAACCAACCUCAGGUUUCCCUUCUGGCCUCCAUCAUGAAGAGCCCGCCCCAGGUAUGCCCAGGGUCUGCGAUUGCAAAGACCCCACCCCAGACGCACCUGGUCGCCACCCCAGCCAAAAAUCCACUGCAAACAUGUCUGGCAGCCACAAUGUCCAAGACUUCAUCCCAGAUGAGCCCAGUUGGGGUGACCAAGCCCUCACCCCAGACUCGCCUGGCAGCCAUGAUAACCAAGACCCCAGCCCAGUUACGCUCGGUGGCCACCAUCUUCAAGACCCUGUAUCUGGCCUCUCCAACAGUGGCAAAUGUCAAGGCUCCACCCCAAGCGGCGGUAGCAGCCAGAACUCCCAACACCCCAGGCUCCAUCCAUGAGAACCCACCCAAGGCCAAGGCCACCAUGAAUGUGAAGCAGGCUGCAGAGGCGGUGAAAGCCUCAUCCCCCUCCUAUUUGGCUGAGAGGAAGAUCAGGUGCCUGGCCCAACCACAUCUGGGAACUGGGGUCCCCAUGGCUCCAGCUAAGCUUCCUUUGGAAGCCGAGAAAAUCAAGACUGGCCCCCAGAAACAGGUGAAAACAGACAUGGCAUUUAAGACCAGCGUGGCAGUGGAAAUGGCUGGGGCUCCAUCCUGGACAAAAGUUGCUGAGGAAGGGGACAAGCCACCUCACAUGUAUGUGCCUGUAGACAUGGCUGUCACCCUGCCCCAGGGGCAGCUGGCUGCCCCACUGACCAAUGCCUCAUCCCAGAGACAUCCACCCUGCCUGUCCCAGAGACCACUGGCCGCCCUGCUGACCAAGGCCUCAUCUGAGGGACAUCUGCCCACUGAGCUGAGCAAGACCCCAUCCCUGGCCCAUGUGGUCACCUGUCUGAGCAAGAUGCAUUCCCAGGCACAUCUGGCCACAGGUGCCAUGAAGGUCCAAUCCCAAGCGCCUCUGGCCAGCUCUGUGACCAAGACGCAGUCCCAGGGGCAGCCGAUCACAGACAUAACCAAGUGCCUCAUCCCAGCACACCAGGCUGCUGAUCUCAGCAGCAACACCCACUCCCAGGUGCUCCUAACAGGGUCCAAGGUGUCCAACCACGCCUGCCAGUACCUUGGUGGCCUCAGCGCCCCACCCUGGGCCAAGCCAGAGGACAGACAGACCCAGCCACAGCCCCACAGAUACGUGCCGGGGAAGACCACUCAGGGGGGACCAUGCCCGGCAGCCUGUGAGGUCCAGGGUAUGCUGGUGCCGCUGAUGGCACGCACCGGACAUUCCACAUGCAAUGUUGAGUCCUGGGGAGACAGCGGAGCCACACGUGCCCAGCCAUCAAGGCCCGGCCAGGCGGUGCCCUGCCAGGAGGACACGGUAGGCUCCCUGCUGGCCUCCUUGUGUGCUGAAGUAGCUGAUGUGCUGGCAUCCCAGGAGGAUCUCCGCACUCUGUUGGCCAAAGCCCUCUCCCAGGGAGAAGUCCGGGCAGCUCUGAACCAGGCCCUGUCCAAGGAGGUCCUGGAUGCCACUGUCGCCAAAGCCCUGCCCCAGAGCACGCUGAGCAUGGCGCUGGUGAAGGCGCUGUCCUGGAGUGAGCUGCGCCUGACCCUGUCCCGAGCCCUGUCCCGGGGUGAGCUCCGGGCGGAACUCACCAAGGUCAUGCAGGGUAAAUUGGCUGAGGUCCUUAGCAAGGCUUUGACGGAGGAGGAGUGGGCAGCUCUGAGCCAGGCCCUGUGUCAGGGUGAGCUGGGUGCUCUCCUGAGCCAGUCUUGGUGUCAGGUGGCCCUGAGGACUGGAACCAUCCUCCCCAAGGCCACCUCGAAAUCAACAGGAAGCAGGGUGACUAAGACGCCGGCCCCGGCGGAGGUGGCCUGCAGGAGGAGUCUGUCGGCCCCGUGGGGCCCCCUGGGCCCCGUGAGACCACAGACCAGCAAGGGCCCCGCGGACGCUGGUGUGGCUAGUGGCCAAUCGUGGAACCACGCGUGGGAGCCAGCCAGGUGUGCUGCGUCCUGGGACACCCGGCGCAACAAGGCGGUGGUGCAUCCCAGGCAGUCCGGGGAGCCGAUGGUGUCCAUGCAGGCUGCAGAGGAGAUCCGCAUCCUCGCAGUGAUCACUAUCCAGGCGGGCAUCCGUGGCUACCUGGCGCGUUGCAGGAUCCAGGUGUGGCACCGGGGGGCCACGGUCAUCCAAGCUACUUGGCGCGGCUACCGUGUGCGGCGGAACCUGGCACACCUCUGCAGAGCCACCACGAUCAUCCAGGCUGCCUGGCGCGGCUACAGCACCCGCCGGGACCAAGCCCAGCACCGGCAGAUGCUCCACUCUGUCACGUGGGUGGAGCUGGGCGGCCGGGCCAGGGUCAUGUCUGACCGAAGCUGGUUCCAGGAUGGCAGAGCCAGGACAGUAUCUGACCAUCGCUGCUUCCAGUCCUGCCAGGCACACGCUUGCAGCGUCUGCCACUCCCUGAGCUCCAGGAUCGGGAGCCCGCCCAGCGUGGUGAUGCUAGUGGGCUCCAGCUCUCGCACCUGUCAUACCUGUGGACGCACCCAGCCCACCCGCGUGGUGCAGGGCAUGGGCCGGGGCGCUGGGGGCCCCGGGGCAGUGUCUUGGGCCUCCACCUACCAGCGGGCUGCCCCGAGUCCCAGGCAGCCGCAUCACCAGGACAAAGCGGCCACAGCCAUCCAGUCCGCCUGGAGGGGCUUUAAGAUCCGCCAGCAGAUGAGGCAGCAGCAAAUGGCAGCGAAGAUGGUUCAAGCCACCUGGAGAGGCCACCAUACCCGGAGCUGUCUGAAGAACACAGAGGCGCUCUUGGGACCAGCAGACCCCUGGGCCAGCUCACGGCACACGCAUUGGCCCAGCAUCUAGGACUCUGGCUCCCUAUAGUGGGGACUUCUUGGGAGGCACUCAUGGCUCUCUGGGUCUAAUGAAUAAAGUCCUCCAGAGCCUA